CUGACCUCCCCGUCUGACCCUUUCCUAUCUGCAGAUCCCUCCCCCGAACACAUUCCCCCCGGUUGUUCGGUUGCUGCACGCUCUCUUCGACUCGCUGUCUGCGAAGCGAACUUGCGCCGGUCGGAGGCGGCAUAUAUCCAUCAGCUGCGAAUCAGUACUUUUACACCUCAACAUCGAAUUCUCCGUCUUUAUCGCGGUCAUGAUUCCCCAAUCCGUCCGACGGGUUGUGGCUGCCGCGCCGCAGUCGCCCGUUGUCUCCUCUCUGGCAGCCUCGUCCGCCCCUCGCGCCGGCGCCUCCUAUAUACUCUCGUCCUAUCAGCCCAAUGCCCUGCAAAAGCGACGAUACUCUUCCUCCAAGCCGUCCAGCCCCGAUGACGGUUCCUCCAGGGCCUUCGCUGCCCGCGCCUCUGUGCCCGCCGCCGGCACCUCCAAGACUCCUGGAGAGAAGCGCAAGCGCAAGGCGAAGGAGCCGGUCAUGCCGCCACUCCCCAGCGUGCCCAGCACCAGGCAUAUCAAGGACGAGGCGCUCGCCCUUUCAACGUUCUUCGCCCUCCACAGGCCGAUUUCAGUCACUCAACUUCUUCCCAAGACCGUGACCGAGGAGUCAUUCGCCGAGAUCUUCAACCACCGCAAGGGACAUAAGGCGACCGAUGUCCUUUCGACCUUGUCGCAGGCCGUACACGAUCUCGAGUCGCCCAUGUCUGGGCUUAGGCUCUCCGAUAACGAUGUCGAAGACGGCUCUACCAAGAUCAGCCUGAAGCACCCCGACGGCACCGAGUCCGAUGUCUACUUUCAGCUAAACUCCAUGUCCGGCCACUUCCUUCCCUUCAGCCCUCCUCCGCCGCCGGAGCCUAUCGCUGAGGUUGACGAGGCCGCUGCGGAGGCCGAAGCCUCUGCUGCUAUCGCCGAGGAAAUUGCCGCCGCCGAGCAGGAGCCGGAAACGCGCGUGUACAAGGCGGUUGUCACGAUUGAGGAGACGAGGAAUACCAACGGCCAGUACAAGAUCAUGGCACACAGCCCACAACUCGUCGAGGACGAUGCUGUGCAGCCGCGCAGCUUCCUGGAGCGCCUCGCCCUGCGCCAGAUUCGCUAUGAGGAAGCUCGCCAGCAGCAGGGGAUCAUGCAUGCUAUCAGCGUGCGCAGGCAAAAGAAGCUGAAGAUCAAGAAGAAGAAGUACAAGAAGCUCAUGCGCAGGACAAGAAACGAGCGUCGCAAGCAGGAUAGACUCUAAACCACGCAAGGGUUAAUCCGGCCGGUAGAUGCUUAUUUUCUUUUUCUAUACCUCACCUGCAAUGUGCCUCGUUAUCCAGUGAUCACUGUGCAUUGUUUGAAAGCUUCAUGGCUUCACUUGCUUAGUUUUUUUUAACGGG